GCGAGUGAAGUGACGGCCAAGUAUGUAGUAGACGAACAAGAUAUGCAGAUUGCCAUCAAGUUACCUAGCAACUAUCCUUUACGUCAGAUCGAAGUAGAAGGAGUACAAAAAGUGGGUGUAAAUGAUAAACAAUGGCGUGGAUGGAUGUUUGCGAUUACUGCUGUCAUUGGAUCUCAGAAUGGUAAUAUCUUUGACGCAUUGUCUGUAUUCAAGAGAAACGUGAAUUUACACUUUAGCGGUGUCGAAGACUGUACGAUUUGUUACUCAAUCAUCAGUGUUCAAGAUCGAUCGAUUCCCACAAAACAAUGCAAGACAUGUAAAAAUAAGUUUCAUUCUAGCUGUUUGUACAAGUGGUUCAGAUCAUCUAAUUCGGCUAGUUGUCCUUUAUGCAGAACUGUAUUCUAA